GGGAGGGGUGGGGGUGCAAGAGGAGGGGUGGCAGUUAUGCACGACCGGGCACAAGGAGAGGGCAGGGUAAGUGUGCAAGGGGAGGAGGGAAAGGCGUGCUCCUGCAGCGGUGUGCAAGGGGAAGAGCUGGGCGGCGCGAUGGAGGUCAGCCACUCGGUCAAGGAGCGCACCAUCGCCGAGAACAGCCUGGUCAUCCUGCUGCAGGGUCUGCACGGCCACGUCACCACCGUGGACCUCCGUGACGAGAGCACGGCCACCGGGCGCCUCACCAACGUCGACGCCUUCAUGAACAUGCGCCUGGCCGAGGUCACCUUCACGGACAGGCAGGGUACCAUCUCCCACCUGGAUGAGCUCUUUGUGACCGGCAGGAACGUCCGCUACGUCCACAUCCCGGAUGAGGUGGACAUCAGGGCCACCAUCGAGCGGCAGCUACAGGCCAUCCACAGGGUCCGCUACUUCGGGGCCCGCGACAAGGGCAGGAAGGAAUUCCCUCGUGCCAAGCACAAGUGAGACCUGGACCAACUUUUUCCACCAGACUGUUGGGCAUUCCACCUGGGGACUCGGGGCUCUGCCUGCGGGAGAGCAGGGUGAUAUUUUUGUAAUGAAUAACCCCGCUUAAAACGGUGUGUGAUUGUUCAGC